AGUAGGGGUCUAGUAGCGUGACGUCAUGUCCGGAUCGAAAUCCGGUAUUGGUUCACGUACUAUUAUUACCAAACGUCAAAAACAGAAAUGGCGGCAAGAAGUGAGAAGGGGAAAUUUGUGAAAGCAUCGCGAUUUAAACAAAUUCAUGCUCUGCGGAAGGGAUGUGUUAAUUAUUGGAAAACAUCAGAUGAAGAAAAGUUGAAAGAAACGAUUGAAAGGCCUGUGAUAACCGGUAUAACCCCCCUUGAUGAUCAUAUUUACGUCGAUAAUGUGGCCCGUGAUGUUGUUCAGGAAGAAAUAGUUUCGCCUUCGGCAAACGUAACAAGCAGAAGUGAUUGGAGAGACGGUAGGAGAAUUGUUGAACUCGAUGUAAUAGCGAAAAACCUGGAAGAAUGUAGGAGAUGUGGGCAGCCUUUACAUUUAUCCGACUGUGUCGGAAAAACACGAUUUGGACUGGCACAAAUUCCACAAGUGCAGUGCCGAUACAGUGAGUGUCGCCUAGUAAACGAUGUCCCUACCGGCAAGAAACAUCAAACGGAAAAAGGUGGAAAGGCGUGGGAUAUAAAUACAAAGUUAGCAGCAGGAAUGAUCAAUAGUGGGUUAGGGGAGACGCAUCUAAAUACAUUCUUAGCUGUAUUGAACGUUCCCGGAAUUUCCAAACAAGGACUGAAGGAAAGGGAAAGAGAAGUUGGCAACACAUUGAAGAAGAUGGCAGAAGAAAGUUGUCAAGCCAUUCUCUUGGAGGAGGUUGAAAAGAGUGAUGGUAAUUUAACAGUAAGCUUCGAUGGUGCAUGGCAGAAAAGGGGAACCGGGCGUUCCUAUAAUAGUCUUACAGGACAUGCAAGUUUGAUUGGCGAGAAGACGAAGAAAUGUUUGGGAUACUCUGUGAAGUCUAAGAAAUGCAGAAUAUGCGACUCUGCAAAGCAGAAAAAUGUUCCUGUUCGGAAGCACAAUUGCUCACGAAAUUGGUCAGGAUCUGCAAAAGCCAUGGAGCCAGCAAUGGCAUGUGAGAUGGUGCAAAACAUAAUGGAUCAGGGUGAAAAGAUGGAGACGCUAGUUAUGGAUAAUGAUUCGACAACCAUAGCCAGAUUGAGGACAACAGUAGAUCCAGACAUCAAGAAAAAAGCCGAUAGCAACCACACGAAAAAAGGAUUUACCGGAAGCCUUGUUGAAAUGAGCAGUAUUCAUAAAGUAUUAAAAAAUGUCAAAGUGAGAACUCACAUAGAAAGAUGUUUUAUGUAUUGUGUUCGACAGGCAGCUGAAAAUUCUGAAAAAUUGGCCAGUGACUUGAAGAAAAUUGUUCCACAUUUAUAUGGUGACCAUUCCACAUGUGGCACAUGGUGCAAAAGUGAGAGUACUGAUUACAAGCCAAAGAAUUUGCCAUAUGGUAAACCUUUAACAAGUGAGCCUUUGAGAUUAGACCUAGAGAAGCUGUUUCAAAAGUAUGCUGGGAAGGCAAGCGAAUUGGUGUCCAUGGGAUCGACUCAAGUCAAUGAAAAUUUUAACCACAUGGUUUCCAGCAAGGCGCCUAAAAGAUUGUUUUAUGGAGGUUCAGACAGUCUGCAAAAUAGAGUGUCUGCAACUGUCUGUCAGAAAAAUGAGGGGUAUAGUUAUAUAGCAGAGGUGAAUAAGAGAUUGUCAAUGUCUCCUGGGAGAUAUACCAUCAAACGUUCCAGGAUUCUGCAAAGUAAACUCAAGUGGAAACGGUUACAACAAGCAAAGCGGAGCACAAAAAGGAGACGUUUAGAGCUCAAGUCAGAAAGGUCUACAAAAGAUGCAACACAGUCUGUUCUUGAAGCUGACAUGUACUGCAGUAGAAUUGGAAUGAAGGAGAACAUUGAUUUGGAGGACAUUUCCUUACCCCAACCAGUGGAACUGCCAAGUGACAGCAACUCCUAUGUAUUGUUUGACCUAGAAACCACUGGAUUAGCCAGAACAUCUGAUAUUGUUCAGAUUGCAGCAGUGUGUGGAGAUAGAGAGUUCAACAAGUAUGUGACACCUCAGUCCCCAAUAAGUCUUGAUGCAUCCUCAGCAACCGGACUGACUUUUGUUGGUGGAGUGCUGAAGCAUAAUGGCAGAGUGGUUGAACAUGAAGAACCCUUUGAAGGACUUCAGCAGUUUGUAGAAUUUGUUAAGACUGUUGAUUGUAAACCUGUUUUGGUUGGCCACAAUAUACAAAACUUUGAUCUACCAAUUUUGAUUAUUCAGCUAGUCAAAUAUGAAUUAUUUGAUAGUUUUGCAAGCUCUGUCAGUGGUUUUAUUGAUACCUUGAAAGUUGCAAAGGGGUCUUUUAGCAAAAAGGAUGUUGAAAACUUUAAACAAAUUACUCUUGUGAGUAAAUUUGUUGGAAAACAUUAUGAAGCACAUAAUGCUAUUGCUGAUGUGAAGGCGCUGAAGGAACUUUUUGAAGUGAAGUUGUUGACAUUAUGUAAUGCUUCUGAUGUGUUUACUUUGAAUUACUACACCAUUAAGAAAUCUUUAGAACCUCUUGUUAAGGCAAAAGUUUUAUCUUCCAUGAUUUCGAAGAAGCUGAUUGCAAAUUCUCUCAGUUUGUCAAAGUUGGAGAUAAUUCAUAAGAGGGAUCCACAUAAUGGGUUACGAAAUGUUUUUUGCGAACCAUUAUCCGGUUCAAAGCAGCCACGAAUAUCGAAGUCAAUGAAUGUUAUCAACAAAUUAGUUGAUUACUUGAAUAGCUGUGCAUGAUAACGGACUGUAAUGGAAUUUUUUCUUUUGAAGGACAUUGUGCAUACCACAUGUAUGGUAUUUAUGUUAACAGAUCACAACUUUCAUAGAUGCCUCGUUAUGUUAAUAUAUGCAUUAAUGUACAGUGGUAUUGCUCAUUUUGGGUGGAUUUGUACUGUUUUUACAUUUACCUGGAUGUUUUUAAAUUUAGUAAAAUGAAUACAACACUCAGUCACUUAUAUUUGAGAAGACUAUGGCUCCAAUCUUCUUUCCAUUUUUUGUCAUCUAAUUCACACAUAAAACCAGAGGUACAUAUUUAUUUGUUUAAUUGAUAUACAGGGGUAUUACGUUAAAAUUAUCUGUAAAUUAAAAAAAAUUCAUGAUAUGCGAUAAUGCACUUGUGGAAUUAAAUAAAACAGUUCUGCACUUGUUAUAUAUUUGUUAUCUUGUUAUAUAUUUGUUAUCUUCUAUUAUGUGAAAAUCAUUUUCAAAAUGGCUAUUUUGGCCAAAAAAUGUAAAUAUAAAUUGAGAUGCUGUGAAAAUAUUAUGCUGAGAAAGGGCAGAUUUUUUAAAUGUAUUUUAACAAGCAUUCAUAUAUGAACAUAAUAUGUGAGUUUGAAUGAAAAAUCACAAGUCAAAUUUUUAAAAUAUUCAUAUUAGUGGUGUUGCAGUGCCGUAUUUUUGACUGCCGAGGGCCUGUAUUGAGUUCAAUUUUGUACCACCAUUAUUAAAAAACAUGAAACUAU